UAUAUUUGGGGGGAAGGACGGAAAUGAUGAGUGGUGAGCCCAUGAAAAUGCACAGAAACGCACUAACUCCCACAUGACACAACAAAGCACGCACACUUCAAGGGCAAGAAAGAAAACACAAAAAGAAGCACCAAUAAUCCAAAUAGUCUUCAACUCAUCAUAACUUAAGGGAAACAGAGGGGCAUGUGUCUGAUGUCCAUUAUACAUACGCGUGUACUUUUUAGAACGCUCGUUUACAUAGUACAUAAUCUAUAUCGGGUACUUUUACACUCUUUUACACUCGAGUAUAUAAUGAAAAUUCCGAGAUAAGGCGAUGAGGUGUGUGAAAUGAAAACUAAAGGGCACUAACAACAAUAAUAUCCCAUCAAUUAAGAGUGUGAACCCAAUAUAGUUCAGUUGUUUUCAAAUCUAAGCACUUACCAGUCAAUAGUAGUGGCACUCAAUUUUAUUUGAUCACAACAACUUCUUCUAAGUUCCCUGUGUAUAUCUCUUUAUCCUUCCUUUCUAUACAAGAACACCCACCUGAAAGAUCUAGAACUGCUCUUAGGUGCAACAUUAAUCAAGAGGAUUAGCACUCGAAAUCGAUCGAGGAUGGCAAAAUACAGCUAAUUUUUUACAAGAAAAAUGGGUAAUUGUUGGUUUAGAUGGGAGCAUGAUUCAAUCUACACAGUCUCUUCAGAUCCCAAACCAGAUUCAUCAACGCAGAACGACGUUGUGAAAGAGAGUAAAUUGCCUUCUAACGCUAAGGAAGUAGAGGAUUUACGUGGCCGCGAUUCAGUGACAAAUCCACUCCUAGUUUUCACCUUCCAAGAACUAAAAAUUAUCACUGAAAAUUUUAGACCAGAUCAUUUGUUAGGAGGAGGUGGUUUUGGAAGUGUUUUUAAAGGUUUCAUUUCAAAAGAUUUAAGAGAUAGCAUUCAACCAAUUCAAGUAGCCGUUAAGGUUCACGACGGGGACAAUAGUUACCAAGGUCACAGAGAAUGGCUGGCCGAAGUCAUAUUUCUUGGACAACUUUCGCAUCCUAAUUUAGUGAAGUUGAUUGGAUAUUGCUGUGAAGAGGAUCAUCGUGUGUUGAUAUACGAGUAUAUGUCACGAGGCAGUGUGGAGAACAAUUUGUUUUCAAGAGUAUUGCUUCCCCUAUCUUGGGGUAUCAGAAUGAAGAUUGCUUUUGGUGCAGCAAAAGGACUCGCUUAUUUACACGAUGCUGAGAAGCCUGUCAUAUACCGAGACUUUAAGACAUCUAACAUCUUGUUGGAUGAGGAUUACAAUGCAAAACUCUCGGAUUUUGGCCUUGCUAAAGAUGGGCCUGUUGGCGACAAGUCUCAUGUCUCCACUCGUAUAAUGGGAACAUAUGGAUAUGCAGCUCCGGAAUAUAUCAUGACAGGUCACUUAACUCCUAGGAGUGAUGUUUACAGCUACGGUGUAGUCUUACUUGAGCUUCUCACAGGAAGGAAGUCAUUAGACAAGUCACGACCAGCAAGAGAGCAAAACCUUACAGACUGGGCUAUUCCUUUACUUAAAGAGAAGAAAAAACUACUUAACAUCAUAGAUCCUAGACUUGGAGGAGAUUAUCCUGUAAAAGGAGCACAAAAGGCAGCCAUGUUAGCCUAUCAUUGCUUGAAUCGCAACCCCAAGGCUAGACCACUUAUGCGCGAUAUAGUGGACUCCCUUGAGCCUCUUCAAAUCGAUGACAAUGAACCUCAAAUUUUGAAUGGUCAAACCACUUUGACUUUCCAAGCCGAGGUUCCAAAAACUAUCUAGUUACAUGUACAAUACGCUGAGGUUUGUCGUCUGUGACAUGUAGUCUGUUGAUAUAUUUUCUUUUUAUUAAGGACAAUGAGAUGUUAUGAACUAGGUAUCCUUCUAAGCAAGGUUUUAGCUAAUUUAUCAUCGAUCAUAGUAAUUGGGAGGUGGAAUAGUUGAUUGAUGUACUUGUUUGAAAAGUUUUUGUAUUUUUGGCUUUAUAAAACCUUCACAAUUUGUCCUUAGUUUGUAUGUAUUAGGAUCUUGUACUAAAAGCCUGAUAUUAUUCUAAAAUGAUAAUCUGAUUUUCAUUAAGCUAAUUUGUGUA